AUGAAAUUAUCAUUGUUAAUUUAUGAAUACCUGCAUAGAAAAUACACAAAAACUAAAUAAAAGAGUGAUGAUUCGUAUUAAAAAGAAGUAUAUGUUCAAUUUUAAUAAACAAGAUAGAGUUUGAGAAUGGGGACACUGUAAAUAUAAAGGGUUUCUCUUCUUUUGAAUUAAAAAAUAGAAUUUCAACAAUAUAAUCAAUGGGGAGUGUUAUUUGGAGAUAUUUGAGAAGACCAUUCAAUUACAUUUUUGUUAUGAUUAGUAUGAUAUGUCUUUGCAUAAGUCAAAACGAUUCAAAAGUUAUAUAUGGAUUUGUCUUACCAUUUCUAUUUAGUAUAGUAAUGUAUUUAAUAAAAACAUUUUAUUACAUGAUAUUGGUACAUGGAGAGGAUAAUUAAAUAAACAGAAGGAAAGUGAUAGUAUUUAAGAAAUUGAAGAAGAUGUUGCAUAAUAAGAAAAUAAGUUUGAUGGAAUAUGAGUAAAAAUUAAACAAGACAUAAUUGAUAUCAACUUAGAAAGGGGAGAAAGCAAUGAUUCCAUAAUCUCCUUAGCCUUUGACAGAAUUGAAUGAGAGCACAAAAAUAAGUAUAAUAGAAACAAUAAAAUGGGAGGAUUUGGAGAUUGGAGAUAUAAUUAUAUUAUAGAGAAAUGAGAUCUGUCCUGCAGAUUGUUUGAUUUUGGAGUCAAAUUAAGAGAAAUGUUAUGUGAAUAAUGCAUGUGUAAGUGGAUAGACAAAUGAAGGGGUUAAAAGUGCAAAUGAACUGACUUCUUUACCGAAGAUGCAUUAAUUUAAAGGAAAUGGAUUUGAAUAUCGAUUAUUAUUAAGUGGUAAGGUAACAUUUGAUAAGGAUUAUAAAUCUGAAUCUUUUUAUACAGGAUUUAUAAGAUUGAAGAAUGAUCCUUAAGCUGUUGAUAUAAAAAGAGAGAAUAUUAUUUAUAGAGGAUAGUAAUUGUAAACUUGUGAUUAUGUGUAUGGAUUGGUAUUAAGUUGUGGAUUAAAUUGUAAAUAUUAUUAUUUGACUAAUUUUGAAAAGUCUACGAAGUCUUUUUUUGAAAAUAAAAUGGAUAGUUUUUAUAAAUUUACAUUAAUUCUAAUAAUUUUAUUAUCAUUUGGUUCAUGGUUGAUUGAAUCAAUAAGAUAUAUUGAUAAAGGUUGGAGAAUAUAACAUUUAGCUGAUUACUUUUUGAUAUAUUUGAAUAUGUUUCCAUAAUAUUUAAUUGGUUUAUUGGAUAUAUUAUAAAUUCUUAGUUCAAGUUAGAAAUUAUUUAAAUUUAAUAAAUAGAAAGGAAAUUCUAGAACUGAGAGUUAAUAAGAAUUUAAUAUCUUUAUGAAUUAGAAAAUGGAUUUGAAUACAGUAUAUAGUAAAUUAAAUUCAACACCAAUAGCAGAUUUAUCAUAGAUUGAUUCUGUAAUUUUUGAUAAAACAUGUACAAUGACAAUACCUUUAUUUAAGAUUAAAUUGAUUUUAAUAAAUGAAACAUUUUAUGAGAUUCAUAAUAAGACAUUUAAAAAUACAAUUGAAUGGAAAAAGUAUUAGAAAGAAGUAAUGGAUAAUUAAGAAUUACUUUUUAUUUAAGAUUAAUCAUUAUCACCUAAUUAAAUUUCAUCAAUAAAGAUAUCCCCACAUCAUCGACCUAUGAGUCCUGCUAAAAGAACUUCUAUUAUACCUUGGAGGUUGGAGGAUAAUUUAGUUAAUAUUGAACCUAAUGUUGAAUAAGAUAUACGUGAAACAAGUUAAUAGGAAGAAGCUAAUUUUAAUGCUGAAGAAAUUGCAGAUGAUCAUUCUAAAUUAAAAGAAAUACAUAGAACUAAACCACCUAAAUUAUUUUAAGUUGAUUCUUGGGAAUCAGGAACAGAUUUAGGAGGAAUGAUUAAUCAAUUAAAUGAGCAAAGAAUUAUUAAAUCUUAAUCUCCUAUCAAAGAAACAGCUAGAAGAAAGUUUAGUGAAAGAAGACCUAUUUUAGAAAAAAUGGAACCAAAAAAGAAAUUAUCAGCUGAUCGAUUUUAUAAAACUGAUGAAUUCAAUAUUUAAUAUGAUAGAUAAGAUGAUUUUAUAAGCAAUGAAAAAGAAAUCUUCAGUAAAUCUUUAACUCCUGAAUAUAGAGGAUUUAUUGAAGAAGCUUUGUUCAUCUUAAUUAUUUGUCAUAAUACUUAAACUAAAUAUCUUAAAAAAUUAGAUUCAUUACAAUAAGAGUUUAGCAAUCAAAUUGAUUAAUUAUAAAUUACUUUAGCUUAAAAUUAUGAUUAUAAAUUUAUUGGAUCUACAUUUGGAAAGAAUAAAUAUAUAAUUGAAAUUAAAGAGAAUUUACUUGAAAUUCCAGUUACAGUUACUGAAUUAGAUAAUACCAAAUUAUCAGUUAUUACUUAGAUAACAGAUUAUAAUAAAUUAUUAGCAUUUUAAUUCAAUGAUAAAUUUGAAUACAUUCAAUACAUUAGAGAGGAUGGUUUAGAAUUAAUUGAAGGUAUUAAUAUGGAUAAAGAGGAUAAAGAUGUAUGGAAUGGAAUUAUCAAUAAAAUCAUUUAAAGAGGUUGUAGACCAAUUAUAUAUUAUAAAUUUAAUAUGGAUUAAAAUAGUUAUAAUUUAUUUUUAAGAAAUCCACAAGAAGAAAUUAAAAAUAAAAACAAUUAAUUAGAAGUGAUAUUAAUAAUAGGAGUUUAAGAAAAAAUUAAAAAAUAGUUGAAAGAUAUAAUCAGCUUUUAUCAGAAUGCAGAUAUCUCUGUAUGGAUUGCUAGUGGUGAUACCAAAAAUAAAGUAUUGCCUAUUGCAUACAAAUCAAAUAUAUUGAAAGAAAAUAUUCAAAUUUUAAAAAUAGAAUCUAAUGAUAUGAUAUCUUAAUAAAUCAAAUAACAUAUUUUAUGGUGUUAUAAUAACUUGAUUAAAUAAUUAAGAGAAGAAUAAACAGAUAAAAAGAAUAAUGAAAAACUUAGCAGUCCUAAUAAUAAGAGAAAAUCUUUAACAAUUGCUAGAAGAGCCAGUACGAGAGGUGUUUUACUUGGAAUGAAUAAUAAUUUAUCAAAAACUAAACCUUUUUGUAUAAUGAUUGAAGGAUAAGCUCUAGAGAUUAUAAAAAAUGAUCGAAAUUUGUAUCAUCAUUUAGCAUUUUUAGUUUCAUUUUGUACUCAUCUUAUUGGAUAUUCUAUGAAUAAAUAUUAAAAGGGAGUUUUAAUCAAGAUUUUACAGAAAAAACAAUUAUAAAGAAGGAGAAUUUUAGUAGUUGGAGAUGAAGGCAAUGAUUCUAUUAUUAUGGAAAAAUCAGACUUUGCCAUACAAAUUUAAAAUGAAAGAAUAAAUCAAGAAAACAAAAUUGAUAAAAUGGAUUAUAUUGAAAGGUUUAAAAAAGAUUAGAAUCCAAACAAUACUUAGACUACAAAUAAAUUAUCGAAGUACAAAUAGUUACAAUUAAAUUAUUCUAAUAAAUAAUUCGAUAAAUUCAUAUAUCCAAAGAUUAGAUAUAUGAGUACAGCCGAUCUCAUUAUAAAGGAUAUGAAUAAUCUAGUUACAUUGUUAUUUUAUGAUAGUAGAAGGCAUGCAGAAUUUUUAGAAAAUUUAAUGAUUUAUGCAUUUUAUAGAUGCUAUCUGAUAAUGUUUUGUAUAUUUUUCUAGUGCAUUCUGGAUGUACAAAAUGAAAUCCCUCCUCUCUCAUAUUUCUAAUCGAUAAUGUUUAUUUUGCCUUCUUUGUUAUUUUAUAAGUAAUCAAUUCUAAAUUCAAGAAAUAUAACGGAUUUUAAACAAUAAUUAGUUUACUUUUAUAAUUAAAAUUCGAUUUAGUUUAGAAAGCAUAAAUAUUGGUUAUUCAUUUAUAAAGUAUUAUUGUUUUCAAUUUUCGAAUCAUUCAUUGUAAUAAUAAUUUAAAAGUACAUUGAAUUUUAUACUAAUGACGGUAGAGAUUUUGAUAAUGCAAUUUAAUCAUUAUAGGUAUAUACAAUAAUAAUUUUUGUUGAACAAACUAAAUGGGUUUAUGAUAGUAUAAUUUAUUGGUUAAUUUUACUAAUAAUACUUUAUUUAAUGGCAUUAAUAAGUUAUAUUUAAAUUUUUGAUGAGACAUAUUAUUAAAUUUUAGAACAUCUGAUAAGUAUUUAAAGUAUUUUUUACAUCAUAUUAAUAAUUCUUAUAGUUUUCACAGUUUAAUAAUUAUUGUUUUAGUUUAUUCCUUAUACUAUAGAUAAACUAAUGUUUACAGUAAAAGAUAAGAUUCAGAUAUGUAGUUUAUUGAAGCCAAUAGAGAUUUAUUAUUCAAAAAAGUAGAGCAAUAGUUCACUUCUCUUGAAUAUAUAAAAAUAUGCUUUAAAAUUGUUUAAAAAUGAAGAUGAUAUGGAUUCUUCUAUAAGAUCAAUAUUAUCUGGAAUGGCUUUGAGUGAGAAAAGUAUAAAAAUUAAUAAAUUUACGCAACAAUUUAAGAACAUUCAAUUAGAAACAAAAUACCAGUUGAAUGAGUUAACAUCUAUUUUAGAAUAUUAUCGAUUUUAUUAUCCAUUAAGUUGGAUGUUGGUAGAAGGAGCAAUAUUGUUAUAGAUUUGGAUUGUGAAUAAGGAUUUUAAUUAUACUUGGUUACUUUAUUUUUCAUAUGGAUACAAUGGAACUCAAAUAUUGAUGGCUUUAUUUAUAUACACAUCAGUAUUUAAGAAAUACCAUUUUAGAUUGUCAAAGAUCUUAAUUUUAUCGCGUUUGUUAUACAAGAUAGUUUAUGAUUUAUAUUUUUUUUAAGAGAAUGACAAUUAGUUAAGUGAUAUGUUAAUAAUGUAGUUGUUUAUGCUUCAACCAUUGAUAGAUGAUAGACCAUUGACAAUAAUAUUUUAUUGUAUAAUAGUGAAUAUAAGUUUUAUCAUAAGAUUCAGUGCAAAUAACACAUCGAUAAAUCAAAAGAUUAAUACAUAUAUAAUGUUGAAUUAUUAUUUAAUAGCAUUUAUGUAGACAGCUUUAAGUAGUGGUAUGCAUUUGAGAGUGUAGAGGAAUUUGAGAUAGGAAUUCAUAUAGAAUUUGUAAUUGAAUUAGAAAAUAAAUUCAAUAAGUGAUACAUUAUCAAUAUUGAUGCCAAAAUUCAUAAGAAAUAUGAUAAAUUAGAAAGGAGAGUUUGAUAUAUAGGAGAAUUAAGGAGAAGUGGCAAUAUUAUUUUGUGAUAUUUGUCAAUUUGAUACAAUAAUAAAGGUAUAAUAAUAGAAUGUAGUUCAUUUGUUGGAUAUUUUAUUUAGAUAAUAUGAUUCUUUAUGUAAUCAAUAUAAUUUGUAGAAGAUUGAAACGGUUGGUAAGACUUACAUGGCUGCAUCAGGAUUGAAGAAUUUAAUAUCAUAAAAUAAUAUAAAUCCAGUUCUGAGAGCAUUAUAGGUAGCAUUUGAGAUGCAGAAGUUUGCAUUAUCUUAAAGUUUUGGGUAGACUGAGAAUAUAGUAGUGAAAAUAGGAGUGCAUUAUGGGAAUGUGAUUGCUGGUGUAAUAGGAUAUCAUAAACCGUAAUUUUCAUUGAUUGGUGAUACAGUGAAUACAACAAGUAGAGUAUGUUCUACAGCAUAGGAUAAUUAGAUAAAGAUAUCUGAGGAAGCAUUUAAAUAGGUUUAAUCUUGUGUUGAUUUUACAUUCACGUUAGAUAUAGUAGAAGCUAAAGGAAAAGGAUAAUUAACUACUUAUGUGGUAUAGGAAGUUAUGAAAGAGAAGAUAUCUAGAAAGAGAUUAAGAAAACUUAAAGAUGAUAUGUAGAUAUUUAUGAAUAGAGAUGAUUUUACAAGUAAAUAAAGAAAUUCUAAUUUUUAAUUUAAGAAUUCUCGUAAGCCUACUAUUGUUUAAUCAAGUCUUAAAAUAGUUACUCCAUAAUUAAUGCAUAAAUCAAGUAUAAAUUUAGAUAAUCCAAAUUAUGCAUUAAAUAAUAGCAAUAAUAAUAAUAAUGUAUCUUAACAUCAUUCUAGAGGUGAGAGUGAUCAUAUGUAACCACCUGUAAAGGAAUAAUUACCACUUACGAUAACAGGUUAAAAUUUAAUUGAAGCUUUGGAGAUUAAAUUAGCAAGGGAGAAUCUAAUAUUUGAAGAUAAUCUUGAAUUUCCUUUAGUUGAAGUGGAUAAGGAUAAAUUAAAAUAAAUUCAUUAAUCUGAAGAUGAAUUUAAAGAAAUGGAUGUUUUGAUCUUAGAUAAAAGAAGUCUUUAUUUAGAUUUUCAUUCAGAUGUUGAGGAAGAUGUUAUUAAAGAGUUUUAUUAGUAAUUGAGAAUAUCAAAUAAAAUAUUGGUAAUUCUUUUAGAAUUAGGAAUGGGUAUUUUAAUUCUGAUUCAGAAUACUUCGACAAUUCUGAUUGAUAAUAUAUUUAGAGAGAUAAUUGUAUGGUAUAUCAAUGUAGUUUAGGGAUAUUUGAUUGUAUUUGUAAAAUUGAUAUUCAUUUGUUUAUUGUUCAAUGAAUAAUAUUGUAAUAACUUUUUCAAAUAGAAAUACUUUAUAGGAUUCUACAUUUUUAUUUUAAUUUGGUGGAUUAUGCAUAUUUUUAGUGUAAAAGAAGGAAUAAUAGGAGAAGUUUGUAUUGCUAUAGGUAUAUUCCUAUCUUUUCUUACUCAACUCAAUCCGAUAAUUAAGAUGAAAUAUAAGGUAGUAGAGAGUGUUGUUAUGAUUUGUAUGAAUAUCAUCGCAGUGGUAGUUAAUGAUUGGGAUUAAUCAUUAAUCUAUUAUGCAAGUUUAUUACAAGUGAUAUUUGUAUCAAAUUAAAUAUAUAAAUUCUUGAAAAAUGUAGAAGCUUACAAUUAGAAAUGUAAAUUAAAAUAUAAAUAUGAAUAAUUGGAUUAAUUAGUCAAACAUUAAUUACCAACUCAUAUGCUUGAUUAAUUCUUAUAAUUAUAAUAAUCAAGAGCAGUUCUAAAAGAUCAACAUGAAGAUGUUACACUCUUAUUUGCUGAUAUUGCUGGAUUCACUGAAUAUUCUAGUAAAGUAGCUCCAGAAUAAGUUGUAUUUAUGUUAAGAAAUUUAUUCACUGAAUUUGACAAAUGUUGCUAAGAAAAAAAUGUUUAUAAAUUAUAUACUAUUGGAGAUUGUUAUGUUGUUAUGGGAAUGGUUGAUGCUAAAGAUAGAAAUCCUGCUUUAGAAGCUAAAAAUACUGUAGAAAUGGGAUUUGAAAUGAUUAAUAUAAUUAGUAGAGUCAGAGAUAAAAUUAAUAAUUCAGAUUUAGAUAUGAGAAUAGGUAUUCAUACUGGUAAAAUAAUUGGAGGAGUUCUUGGUACAGAUAUUGUUAGAUAUGAUAUUUAUGGACCAGAUGUCUUAAUUGCUAAUAAAAUGGAAUCUAAAGGAGAAAGAGGUAAAGUAUAAGUCUCUGAAACAACGAAAAAAACAUUAGAAUUAUGUUAUCCAGAAGAAUUUCAAUAUUAAUCUCAUUGUAUUGUAGAAAUACCGUCAAUUGAUAGAAAAACUGAAGGUCAUUUCAUUUAAAUUAAAACAUUCCAAGAACCCUCUAUGGAUUUAUAGAACUAUAAUUGA